AGGGGCCUGGGCGCGCAUGCGCAGCGUGACUCGCCCCGGCCCGGCGGAGACCAAGAUGGCGCCCUAGUCCCGCCGUGCCAGCGCCAGCGCGGGGAGCGAGGCGCCCGCCGCCAUCAUGUCCCGGCACCGCAACGUCCGAGGAUACAACUACGACGAAGAUUUUGAAGAUGAUGAUGUGUAUGGCCAAUCAGUAGAAGAUGACUAUUGCAUUUCUCCUUCAACAGCCGCUCAGUUUAUCUACUCAAGACGAGACAAACCAGCAACAUGUGCUGAGCCGUUAGAAGAAGAAUAUGGCUACGAAGGUACAGAAGAUGCUGCUGGUUAUUUUGCAUCCAAUCAUCAGUUGGGUGAUGUUGAUAGAGCCCGUCUUAAUUCAUGCCUUGAUCAAAUGAGAGAAGUUUUGGCAGAGUCUGUACCAGAACAAACAAUGGUGCAAGCAGUACUGGAUAGUAAAUUUGAUGUACAGAAGGCUUUGGAUCUCGUGCUUUCCCAAGGCAGUAAGCAAAAUGUGAAGACCCACAAUGAGGAUGCUAUGAUUGUAGGAAAGACGACAAAAGGAAAAUCAAGGGAUUCCCAGUCAGCCAGAAUGGAAUCUGAAAUUGUGCCAAAAGUUACCAAAAUGACAGUGUCUGGAAAGAAACAGUCUAUGGGAUUUGAAGUUCCAUGCAUGAUUGCUGAAGAAAAUGGCCAUGCUAACACACCUCAAAAAGGACUGCUAAAUGAAGAUGCUAGCAUAACUUCUGGGGUAAUUGAGGCAGUCUCAAAAUCUGCUCUUUCACCCCAAGUAGCGCAGGUUUCAGAAGAGCAGAAUGCCGUGCCUACUCCAGUAAAAAAGACGAGCAAGACAAAACCACAAAUAGAUGUGAAAGCAGAGUUGGAGAAGAGACAAGGAGGAAAGCAACUACUAAAUUUGGUGGUAAUAGGACAUGUUGAUGCAGGUAAAAGUACUUUAAUGGGUCAUCUACUCUACCUUUUGGGAAAUGUGAACAAAAGAACUAUGCACAAAUACGAACAGGAAUCUAAGAAGGCUGGCAAAGCUUCGUUUGCUUAUGCAUGGGUCCUGGAUGAAACUGGGGAAGAAAGAGAAAGGGGAGUAACAAUGGAUGUGGGCAUGACCAAAUUUGAGACAAAGACUAAAGUAAUUACAUUGAUGGAUGCUCCAGGCCACAAAGACUUCAUUCCAAAUAUGAUCACAGGAGCUGCCCAGGCUGAUGUAGCUAUUUUGGUUGUGGAUGCCAGCAGAGGAGAGUUUGAAGCUGGGUUUGAGACAGGUGGACAAACUCGAGAACAUGGAUUAUUAGUGCGUUCUCUUGGAGUGACACAGAUGGCUGUUGCAGUCAAUAAAAUGGACCAGGUCAAUUGGCAGCAAGAAAGAUUUCAGGAAAUUACCAGUAAGCUUGGCCAAUUUCUUAAACAAGCUGGCUUUAAGGAAUCUGAUGUGGCUUAUAUUCCAACGAGUGGUCUUGGUGGUGAAAAUCUAGUGACAAGAAGUCAGUCAAGUGACCUUACGAAAUGGUAUACAGGAAAGUGUUUGUUAGAGCAAAUUGAUUCUUUCAAGCCACCACAAAGAUCAGUAGAGAAACCAUUUAGGUUGUGUGUUGCUGACGUUUUUAAAGACCAAGGAUCAGGAUUUUGUGUGACUGGAAAAAUAGAAGCAGGCUAUAUUCAAGUUGGAGAACGACUUCUGGCAAUGCCUCCUAAUGAAACUUGCACUGCAAAAGGAAUCACACUGCAUGAUGAACCAGUUGAUUGGGCUGCAGCAGGAGAUCACGUUAGUCUCACUUUGACCGGCAUGGAUAUCAUCAAAAUCAAUGUUGGCUGUGUAUUUUGUGAUCCCAAGGAGCCCAUUAAAGUUUGCACUCGAUUCAGAGCUCGGAUUCUCAUUUUUAAUAUUGAGGUUCCAAUCACUAAAGGAUUCCCUGUGCUUUUACACUAUCAAACCGUAAGUGAACCUGCUACUAUUAGAAGAUUAUUGAGUGUCCUGCACAAAAGCACUGGUGAAGUGACAAAGAAAAAGCCUAAGUUCCUGACCAAAGGCCAGAAUGCUUUAAUAGAACUACAGACUCAAAGGCCUGUUGCUCUAGAGUUGUAUAAAGAUUUUAAAGAGCUUGGGAGGUUUAUGUUACGCUACAGUGGUUCAACUAUUGCUGCAGGAGUUGUCACAGAGAUUAAAGAAUGACAGUGGUGCCAGGACUUCCAUAAUCCAACCAAAAUGCAAUCAGAUAACCAAACAUCUGUUUAAGAAUCCAGUUACUUCAGCUGAAGGAACAAGUGCAAUUAAUUUGGGGAUAGAAGAUGGUGACAAAAGUUACUUUGUGUUAGACUUCUGGGGAGCCCUUCAUCAGUCUCUCCCAUUACAGAACAAGACGCCAACUGACAAGAAGUUGCUAAUGUUGCACUUAGUGAUCACAAGAGUCCAUGUAUUACUCCAUGUGGAAUUUACCCCUUAAAGAGCUUGAUGGAAAAAUGUUAGAAAGUUGAAUUAGAGAAAAAAAAGUGGUGAAUCAUCACAAAACAAACUUCUUACUUCCAGACAUAAAUUGUUUACAUAUUUUCUUUGAUUUGCUUUUUUUGCUGCACAUUAAUUCAGUAAAGUAACUUUAUUGGUCUAAUAUAUUUUGAGGUUUGAAUUGAAUGCAUAUUCAGGGAAAAAAAGAACUAUCUACUCUGGUUCCAAGAGACUGGCAUGUAGUGUUGUCCCAGGAUUGUUUUUCCUGUCCCAAAACUUAUUUAAAAAUAAUAAAAAAAAAAGAGUUUCUUUUGCUGUGUAGUGGAAGCUGUGCCAACAUUGGCUAAUUUUAUUUUUUAAAAUGUAAAAUUAAUAAAAUAACUUAGAGCAUAA